AUGACCGCCGCACCCGCAACUGUAUCCUCCAGCCUAGAUUUGAUCGGCAACACGCCGGUGGUCCGCCUCCGCAAAGUCGUCCCCGACAACCAUGCCGACGUCUACCUCAAAGUCGAAACCGGCAAUCCCACCGGUUCGCACAAAGACCGAAUGGCGCGAUCAAUGAUUGAAGAAGCCGAGCAACGCGGAGACCUCCGACCCGGAAUGACCGUGGUCGAAGCCACCGGCGGGAGCACCGGGUCCGCGCUCGCCUUCAUCUGCGGCGUCAAGGGCUACAAGUUCCUCGUGGUCUCGUCCGACGCUUUCGCCACCGAAAAGAUCCGGACGAUGCGUGCCCUGGGGGCGGAGGUCGAGCUCAUCCACAGUCCCUCAGGCCAGAUCACGCCUGAUCUGGUCCCGUCCAUGAUGCGACGCGCACAAGAGAUCGUCGACACCGGCGACAACUACUUCUACACGAAUCAGGCCACCAACCACGACGCGCUGAUCGGCUACGAGGGCAUCGGCAGGGAAUUGCUGCAGCAGUUUCCCGACGGGAUCGAUGCCUUCUGCGGCGCUGUGGGCGGUGCGGGCAUGGCGAUGGCUGUCUCCAGGGUCUUGAAGGCCCAAUGGCCCCAGACGCGCGUGGUAGUGCUUGAGCCGGCGUCUUCACCAGUCAUCACCGAAGGUCGCGCGGGCACGCACCAGGUCGAUGGGAUUGGGCUCGGGUACAUGCCCGCACACUUAGAUCGGGAGCUCUAUGAUGAGGCGCGCGGCAUACCGGAGGAAGACGCCCGUGCGAUGUGUCGGCGUCUUGCGAGAGAAGAGGGUUUGUUGGUUGGAACGUCGACGGGGUUGAAUGUUGUCGCUGCGAUUGCACUGGCGAAAGAGCUGGGGCCGGGAAAGACGGUUGUCACGGUCGCUUGUGAUACUGGGUUUAAGUACAUGAGUGGCAGUCUUUUUGCCGAC